AGAGAGAAGUGUGUAUGUGUGGGUGAGGUGAAAGCUGAGUAGAGGAUGCUGGAACUCGACACCUGACAUCAGGGUGCUCCUCCCCCAUUCCCAUCCCCUCCCCUAACACACACACACAUACUCCUCCCCUGCCUGUCUCCUGCUUGUUUGGCAACAGUGGGGUUGUGGGUUGUUGCUCCUUGGGAGGCAGAGAUGAAUUACAUCUUCGGCAGCAGCUCGUUGAACUUGCGCGGUGUCCGUUGUGACGGUGUCCGUGGUGACGCAUGCCCGGCACCAGCUGGGGGGGGCCCUAAGCUGAAGCCAUGGCAACGCAACACCACUGAGGGCACGGCUCCCCCUCCACCCUCACCCCCCCCCUCACCUGCCUCACACUGGCAGCAACUCCUCACACUCUUCAGCCACAGCAACGCCUUCAGAGCCUGCAUGAAGGCAAGUCCAGCACCAGUGGUUGUGAACACAGACAGCAUAGAUACACCUUCUUACGUCAAUGGAUCAGAGGCUGAUUAUGAGUAUGAGGAGAUCACACUGGAAAGGGGUAACUCUGGACUGGGUUUCAGUAUAGCGGGGGGAACAGACAACCCUCACAUAGGAGACGACCCGAGCAUCUUCAUCACCAAGAUCAUUGGUGGGGGGGCCGCAGCGCAGGAUGGACGCCUCAAAGUGAAUGACUGUAUUUUGAGUGUGAAUGAUGUGUGUGUGCAAGAGGUGACACAUAGUGAUGCGGUCGAUGCUCUGAAGGAGGCGGGCUCCAUCGUCAGACUCUACGUGCGCCGACAGAAAUACCUAGGCGAGAAGAUGGUUGACAUCAAGCUGGUCAAAGGACCAAAAGGUCUGGGCUUCAGUAUAGCUGGAGGUGUGGCAAACCAACACAUCCCUGGUGACAACAGCAUCUACGUCACAAAGAUCAUCGAGGGAGGGGCUGCACACAAAGACGGCAGACUACAGACGGGAGACAAACUUCUGGCAGUGAACUGCGCCUGCCUUGAGGAGGUGACACAUGAGGAGGCUGUGGCUGCGUUGAAGAGCACACCUGAUGUAGUUUACCUGAAGGUGGCCAAACCCUUCAGUGUUGUCCCUGGCGACAGCUCCGCCCUGCCUGACAUAACCAGCACAUAUUCCCCGCAUGUGGACGACCAUAUCAACCCCCCUGGUUACCUGACGCCCCCCACACCUGGACACUACUCCCCCAUCCCCAAUAGCAUGCUGGGAGAAGAUGACAUCACAAGAAAUCCUCGUCGAGUGGUGCUGCAUCGGGGCUUGACUGGUCUGGGCUUUAACAUCGUGGGAGGGGAAGACGGGGAGGGAAUCUUCAUCUCCUUCAUCCUCACUGGAGGCCCAGCAGAUCUGAGUGGAGAACUACACAAAGGAGACCGCAUCCUCUCUGUGAACGGGGUCGAUCUCUGCAGUGCCACUCAUGAACAGGCAGCAGCAGCCCUGAAGAAUGCCGGGCAGACGGUCACCAUCACAGCUCAGUACAGCCCAGAGGACUACAGCCGGUUCGAGGCAAAGAUCCAUGACCUUCGGGAGCAGAUGAUGAGCAGCACUGUUACUUCUGCUUCCGGGUCACUACGCACCAAUCAGAGGAGAAGCUUCUACGUCAGGGCUCUGUUUGACUAUGAUGUGGGGAGGGACUCGAGAGGCGUGUCUCCAGCGCUGGACUUCCACUUCGGGGACGUGCUUCAUGUGCUGAACGCGGCGGACGAGGACUGGUGGCAGGCCAGACGGGUCGCCGCGCACGGGGAGGACCAAGACGUCGGCAUCAUCCCCAGCAAGAGGAGCGUGGAGAUGAAGGAACGCUCACGGUUAAAGACUGUUAAAGCUAAAUCUCGAGAGAAAGGGACCAGCGCUGAUGACAGAGGCCUGAAGCAUGUCACCUUUAACUCCAGUGAUAGUGACAGUAGUUACCAUGGUACCCGUGGUCCGGAAGAGUGUUUAUCUUAUGAAAUAGUGUGUCAGCAGGAAGUGAGCUACAUACGGCCUCUCAUCAUCCUGGGACCAAUGAAAGACCGGAUCAAUGAUGACCUCAUCACAGAGUUCCCCGACAAGUUUGGGUCCUGUGUCCCUCACACUACUCGGCCGAGGCGGGACUAUGAGGUGGACGGUCAGGACUACCACUUUGUGACGUCACGAGAGCAGAUGGAGAGGGACAUUCAGGAGCAGAAGUUUAUUGAGGCCGGACAGUACAACACACACCUAUACGGGACCAGUGUUCAGAGCGUCAGACAGGUGGCAGGGAAGGGUAAACACUGUAUUCUGGAUGUGUCUGGUAAUGCCAUCCUCAGACUGCAGCAAGCACAACUCUACCCAAUCGCCAUCUUCAUCAAGCCCAAAUCUGUGGAAAAUCUUCUGGAGCUAAAUAAACAGCAGACAGAGGAUCAAGGACGUAAAACACUGGAGAGAGCCAUGAGGCUGGAACAGGAGUUUACAGAACACUUCACGGCGAUGGUGCAGGGUGCCUCUCUGGAGGAGGUCUACAGUCGAGUGAAGCAGAUUAUCCAGGAGCAGUCUGGACAGUACAUCUGGGUCCUAGCCCAGAACAAGCUGUGACACCUCCUAGAGACACGUCAGACUUCACAUCAUAGACUUCACAUCACUGGCUGCACAUCAACAAACAGACAGGUCACACUGUACAUGUCACAUACUACAUGCCACAUACUGCACCACACAUAUAACACGUCACAUCCUACAUAUCACAUACUACGUCAGACUACACGUCACAUCCUACAUAUCACAUACUACAUGCCACAUACUACACAUCACAUAUUACAUGUCAGACUACAUGUCACAUACUGCACCACACAUAUUACAUGUUAGACUACACGUCACGUACAGUAUUACAUGUCAGACUACAUGUCUCAUAUUACAUAUUACGUGUCAGAAAACAUGUCACAUACUACAUAUCACAUAUUACAUGUCAGACUACAGGUCACAUAUUACAUGACAGACUACACGUCACAUAUUAUGUGUCAGACUACAUGUCAUAUACUACAUGCCACAUACUGCACCACACAUAUUACAUGUCAGACUACACGUAACAUACUACAUAUUACAUGUCAGACUACACGUCACAUAUUACAUGUCAGACUACAUGUCACUUAUCACAUUACAUGUCAGACUACACGUUACAUACUACAUAUUACAUGUCAGACUACACAUCACAUAUUACAUGUCAGACUACACGUAACAUACUACAUAUUACAUGUCAGACUACACGUUACAUACUACAUAUUACAUGUCAGACUACAGAUCACAUAUUACAUGUCAGACUGCAUGUCACAUACUGCAUAUAACAUACUUUAUAUUACAUACUACAUAAUACAUACUACAUACAUCACAUACUACAUAUCACAGACCGCACGUCACAUACUAUACAUCACAUAUUCCAUGUCAGACUACACGUCAUAUAUUACAUUUUAGACUACAUGUCACAUACUACACAUCACAUACUACAUAUCACAGACCACACGUCACAUACUACAUGUCAGACUACACGCCUUUGUUUCUGUUGUACUGAGCUGAUCUGACUCCCAACUGUUCUAACUCUGUUCUUUCUCUAUCUUUAUUUCUUUCUUUCAUUCUCUCUCACACCAUCUCUCUUUCUCUUUUACUCUCUCUAUCUAUCCCCUCUAUCUCUAAUUCUCUGUUCUUCUUUCCCUCCACCCAAUCUCUGUCUUUUGAGCUCCCUCCCCCAUCUUUUAUUCUCUCUCUCCAUGUUUCCCUCUCUCUUUCACUGUCCAGUGUGCUGUUACCGUUAUGUUAUUGUAUGAUUCCUUAAUGUUUAAGGGAGGUGGGGAUGGUUGUUUACUGGUGGCAUUAUUAGAUUUUGUUCGUUUUAUUAAUAAUUAUAAUAAUAAUAAUAAUAAAUUAAUUAAUAUACAUAUUUUUUAUUAAUAAUGGAAGUAAUAUCUUGUAUGUUGGUGCACUAAAGAAGUUCUUAAGCGUAACUUUGCACGUUGAGCAUGUUUGGACUAAUUUCUCCAUUGCUACAUUGUUUUGUUAUUUAAGAGACAUUUAUCAAGGACACACUCUUUCUUUUCAUCACCCUUGACCUCCGUGUGGACUUGGACAUGGGAUACACAUUCUCACACACACACACAUGCACAGACUAACACAAAGAGUGUUGUGUCUCGCUGUUCUGCAUUGCAUUGCUCUCUCCUCUUUAAAGACUUUCAGUGUGUGUGUGUGUGUGUGUGUGUGUGUGAGUAACCCAUUCAUGAUUGUGUAAUCAAGUAAAGGUGCUUUAGCUAAGAUCUGACACACGUCGCUGAAUGAUGCCACAGGUGUUUUUGUGCUCGUGGGAAAGGGAGCACCAAUGCAAAAACUUAAAUGAUUAAUUGUACACUGAGAAACUGAACAGAUAUUUAACCAUCAGUAAACUGCCUAUUUUGUUAUAAUAAAACACUAAUUAAGCUUUA